GUUCUCUUUCUAGAGCAGCGCGAGUAAAGUCUGAAUUCAGGAAAGAGAGUGAGAGAGAAAAAAAGAUAGUGGGAUAUGACGCUGGGGCUGAUCAACGCGAAUCCGGUAGUCCAUGCGAAGAAGGAGAGGAUCGUCCGCGCCGAGGAUAACCACGCUGCUGAUGCAGUAGAUUCCCUUGAUGUCUUUGAUUCCGUUAGGGAUAUAAGGGAUCCGGAGCAUCCCUACUCUCUCGAGCAGCUCAGCGUUCUCUCCGAGGAGUCCAUUACUGUAGAUAAAAAGCUCGGCCGAAUUCAGAUAACUUUCACCCCAACUGUUCAGCAUUGCAGCAUGGCAACAGUUAUCGGUUUGUGUCUGAGAGUAAAGCUAUUGCAGUCUUUUCCUCUACAUUUCAAGGUUGAUAUCAAUGUAUCCCCAGGAUCUCAUGCUGAUGAAGAAUCAGUUAACAAGCAGCUGAAUGACAAAGAGAGAGUUGCUGCUGCCCUCGAGAAUCCCAGCCUGCGUCAACUCGUUGAUGAAUGCCUCUGCUCCAGUGAACUCUAGACCCAUUAACAUUUGUUUUUUCUCAAGGAAAAAGCUGUAUAGUAGUUGUAAUAUCAUACAGGUAAAGUCCUACUGAGGUCUCUUUGUAGUCUAAAUAAAGCGAUCUUCGAAAUAUUUAGUGCCAUUAUCGGACUGCUAUAAACUUCUCUCUCAAGUUUUCUGCUGUAUUAACAUUGAUAUUUACCUGUUAGGGAUAUCACCUUUUUAUUUUC